GCAACUCUGAUUCAGCCCAAUGGCCGGUGAUGCGCUGGAGGUUUGUGAUCUGACAGCUGAAGACUCUUCCCCGGUCAACGAGCUCUCCUUCAGCCUGCAGAACCUCCAGUGUCAGGACGGUCUGAGUCCAAAGCGCUCGACCCCCAGAAAGCUUGUUUUGACACCUGAAUGCAUCGGUUCAUCACUCAAUACCCUCUCCAGGGAGAAAGAGACGCCAACAGUGAGAAGACGACGAGCAAGAAGCCUGUCUCCUGAAUCCACUUCAAACACGCCCAGGCGUCCGUGGAGGAACAAUCAGGACUUUCCUGCCAAUAAGGAGAAUGAGCGAGCCAUUAAGCGACUGCGCGUGCGUCUGUCCAGUAGAUUCUCCUCAUCUAAUGAAACUGAAACCGCGGGCAGAAACAGGAGACAAUACCGCAGUGAUCCAGAAGAGGACACCACUCACUCACGAGAAACAGAGGCGGUGGAUCCAAUGAAGCGACUGCGCGUGCGUCUGUCCAGUAGAUUCUCCUUAUCUAAUGAAACUGAAACCGCGGGCAGAAACAGGAGACAAUACCGCAGUGAUCCAGAAGAGGACGCCACUCACUCACGAGAAACAGAGGCGGUGGAUCCAAUGGCCGCUGUGAGAUUCCGUCAGCUGAUGUCACAGCUGCAAGCCCCGCCCACACCUGUCACUCAGGACGCAGUUGCUGACCUCACGCUCAUAGGAGACUUCAGUAAGCAACACCUGCUUCCUGUUGAGGGCGCAGGCCAUCGGGAGCAUCACUGCGUCAGCGCGCAAACCGUGGCAUCUCUGAUCAGAGGUCAGUUUGGUCCAGCGGUGGAGGAUUUUCUCAUUGUCGACUGUCGUUACCCGUACGAGUACCAGGGAGGACACAUUAAGGGUGCAGUAAACCUGUACACAGAGCAUCAGAUCCAGCAGGUGCUCCAUCAGGCCUCAGCAGGAGCUCAGGUGUCCGUCUCCACCUGCAGGCCGUGUGGACGAUCUGCAUCUGAUUCACUUCUAGAGGACGAGGAGUCGCCGUCACGAAAACUGAUCAUAUUCCACUGCGAGUUCUCAUCAGAAAGAGGACCUCAUCUGUGUCAGUAUCUGAGGAGGCUGGACAGAUGUGUUAACGUGUACCCGAAUCUGCAUUAUCCUGAGCUCUACCUGCUGCUGGGGGGUUACAAACACUUCCACGCCUCUUAUCCGGAUCUGUGUGACCCAUGCGGGUACGUGUCCAUGCGCCAGCGUGAAUACAGGGAACAACUGAACAGCUUCCUCAGGAGAAGACAAACACGACAGCGCAGACGACGGCCAAUCAGAAGACAUCAAAGAACAAAACAUUAAACAUACUGAUAUUAACCUUGCCACUCAGAAGAGGACAAGCAGGGCAUCAUGUUUGUUCUGUGUAAAUAUAGCAUGUGCCAUUCAUUUUAUGAUGACAAAACUGCAUCUUUUAAGGUGGAAGUGAUUACAUAGAGAUGCUUUUUGAUUGUGGCAAGUGCAUGUGAGUCUAAAAGGAUGUUAUUUAUAUUAGUCAAUGUUAAUAUAUUUAAUAACAUAAAUUUAUUUUAAAAAUCAUGAGUUAGUCAAUGAGUUAAGCAUGUUCAUUUGAGUAAUGUGUUUUCUUUUUAUAGCUUACUAUAGAAAACCUUGUUGAAAUGAAGAGAAUAUUAUUUAUUAGCCUUUUUUUUCAGAAUUUAAUAAUUAAUUAUAUAUUUUAAGGUAUAAAAGGCAAAAUCUCAGACUGAGAAAUGUACUAUCAGUGCCUUUCUGCGUGUUUUAGGGGACAUUAGUAAAAUCUUUGCUUUUUAUGACACCGCAAGUUUAUUUAACAUCAGUUUAUGAGGAACUUGUUACAUUGGGAAGAAUAAAAACUGAAUAAAACUAAAUAAAAUCUGAAUAAAACUAAAUAAAAUCUGAAUAAAAACUGAAUAAAACUAAAUAAAAUCUGAAUAAAACCUGAA